CACCAUGGCCGCUAAGUUUGCUAUCAAAUCCCUGGACCACUUGGUCCUCACGGUCCGCUCUAUUCCUGCGUCUAUUGCAUUCUACACGGGCCAUCUGGGGAUGAAACAUGAGGUUUUCACUUCCCCCAGUAGCCCGGAUAUUCAACGCCAUGCGCUGCUCUUUGGUUCCCAGAAGAUCAACCUGCAUCAAAGUGGCAAGGAAUUCGUACCCAAGGCUCAAACUGUCAUGCCGGGAAGUGCGGAUUUGUGCUUUCUGACGGAGUCUCGAGUGGAGGACGUCCUCAGUGCUUUUCGGGAGGCCAAAAUUGAGGUUCUGGAAGGCGGCAAGGUGGUUGAGCGCACCGGUGCCGUUGGGAUGAUCCGAAGUGUUUACGUGCGGGAUCCUGAUGGCAAUUUGAUUGAGGUCUCGAACUACUGUUGAUCUGGUACUACAUUUAUAUGUCACCGCGAAAUGCAAUACUUGCCAUCUACAUAUUUCCAGUUGAAGAAAUAUAUUGCCCGAAUUCGG